GAACAGUAGGGAGAACAGGAAGGAGCUGGGGGUGAGCAAGAGCAUGCAAGCUAGCAUCAGGAGCUAGUAGCAGUUUAGAAGGUGGUAACACAACAUGCAGCCAAAAAGGAUUUUACCAACAAAAGAAAAAAAAAACUUCUUUUACUUCUUUUGUGUCACUUUUCAUCUGAAAUAACAUGAUGCCAAAAAACAACAACAACCACUUGCCUUUGAUCUGUGACAUCACUGAAUUGAAACAGAGUGUGGCUAUACAUGAACAAUUCCACGCCUUUAAAUUCAUUUCAAAGGUUAAAGAUAAGAAACAUUCCAGUAUGCGAUGUGGAUAUAAAAAACUAGUUUUUAGCAAAUACAUCUUGAGUUUUACUAUAAGUAACGGACGUCAAAGUAUCUUAGAGAAUCACAACAUCAUAUGUUUAUUUUUUGCUUUUUUUCAACUGGUAACAUGAACCACCAAAUAGUGUUACUCAUGGAAGGUGAGGUUAAAAAGAACACAGAAAAUCGAAAACGUAACUUCAAAUCCUUGCGUUCCUCGGAAGUACAAGGGCUCCAGUUGGAUGAGGAAGGAAUGAUUCUCCCACACAGCAUCCUGGGUAGCUUGGAGGACUUUAAAAGUUAUCUGGAGACCCAGGGGGAUACUGAGUUGGUCAAACGAAUCCCGAAGAAAGAGCCACGGUUUAAGGCAGUAAAGAGUGGGUGUGGAGUCCCUUCGUUCCAGACUCACGAGAGAAAUGCCCUGCAGAAUUGGCAGACACAUAUGAAGCAUCGCAGACAACAGCAGGAACACUUAUCCGACGUGCUCCACAAACCAGUCAACACAUUACUACUCAACCAAGCAAACCAUUUCAGAUACGUUCAGGAGCAAAGGGAAUAUAUAUAUCAAGUCAAACCCUUAACUCAGACCGGAUGUAGUCACUGUGCGGGUAGCGAGUUUUGGAAGCUGCCGCAAAAAUAUGGGGACGAAAUUACGGGCAUAAGUGCAACUCUCACUCGAAGAGAGAAAGGAAGAUUGAGACCCAUCACACGUGUAGGACAACCAGCCAGUAUCUGUUUGGAGGCAGGUACGGAGUCCCUGCGUCCAUCCUCCCAUUCUUGGCAGCAGAGCUUAUACCUCCAUCGCCAGUAUCAGAAAUUGGAACAAUUUUUCAAAAAGACCAAAAAGCCGGUCUUCAGUGGACUGGAGGUGAUAGGCAAGAGUAGUUGUUCGUCCUUGUCGCAUGGUAGCCCUUUGAAGAAGGAAACGGAAGAAAAUGAAUUUAGGAAUGAGGAUGAGGAGAAUGAGGAUAAACCACAGAGUGAGGAGUCUCAACCAUUUUUGCGAAUUCCUGCCUUGAGGUUUUUCGGUCACCCUUCUCACUGGACUGGAAACACUGCCGCUUACAAGGAAGAGGUAGGGAUCAGUGUCACAAUUAUCUUUGAGGCCUUGGCAGGGAAAAUAGCCACUUCCAGUUUGGAGAUGCACAAUGUAGGCUCCACUGGCAUUUUCUACAGCUGGCAGCAGCUACCGUUGACAAAAAGAUUUAACACGUUGCAUUCCCAACCCAAUAACGUAAACUUCUACUUUGACUCCUCGUCUAGAGUAAUUCUUCCAGCGGAGAUACAGCAUUUGGAGUUUAUGUUCAAGGCGGAGCAUCCCGGAGUCAAAACGGAAGUAUGGCAGCUCAAUACCCACCCCCUGCUGCUCCAAGGGGCAUCUAUAAAGGUCACAUUAAAAGGAACAUCUCUGUACCAGGACACCUCUGCAGACCAAAGGCUCUUCAUAGAGGCAAAACUAGAAAAUAAAGUGAAAGUCAAGAUAUGCCAGUGCAUUGUUAACGAAAUAGUGCAUGGUGUAAGAAGCCGGGAGAGGCCUAACUCUCCUGCAAAUUGGUUUAAAACUGAGGAGCAAUUGUUCAUUGAAAAAAACCCCAAGUUGCACUACCUUUGUCAGCCAGUCGAGGACCUGGCAGAACUUUGGCACCAAAUAAAUCCAGACCACGUCUGGGACCUUUCUGUUGACACCCUCGAAGGGAUUUUGUUGGCUCUGCCUGUAGAAGGGUCACCUCAAAACCUCGAUACCAAAGAAGCAAUCUUGACAAGAUUUAACUCUUUGCUCUUCAAGCUAUCUGAACCCGUUCAAAUAAAACACUGGCAUCUAUCCGCAACAGUGAAAGUGCGGCAGCUGUGGAUAGCCCUCCUGGAUAGUAUGCCAGACGAGGCCCUGUGGCUCAGAAACCUGUUGGGUCUCCCAGAGAAUAAACUUUGGGCUAAAGAUGAGUCCUACUACUGUGAUGCUGAUUUAAUUUGUGAUGAUGAGAGGAAUGACAAAAAGGCAACUACCAAAGCAGAAAGGACAAGAAGGAAGACCAAAAAAAGAGACGACGCAGGGAAACGCGCAAGGGAAAAGCAUGCAAAGGAUUCACAGACUGAUGUAGAAAGUGUCGACCAGCAAAGUAUUGAUGACCAUAAUUGGGAGAUAAAGGCUUUAGGCAUUUACUUAAGGCUGCUGCACAUUAGAGUGUAUGUAUGGAUGGAAAACUUGGUGGAAACGCUAUGUAGUCUGAUAGACAAGGAAGAUGAGGAGGACACUUUGAAUUUCAACAACUUUAGCUUGAGACUUUGAUGAGAGCACCCCCUGCUCUACUUUGUGGUAGACAUUUGAAAACAUAUACCAUAUUUUUCAGACUAUUAGUCGCAUUUUUUUUUCAUCCUUUGGCUGGGU